AUGGACCGAGAAGAAUUCAACCCUGAUCUCUGCAUGCUGAGGAUCACCGAAGAUUGCAACCUUCAACAAAUAGUGUCCAAAAAGAAUCAUCUGGACAUGGAAAUUAGAAGCAUCGCUGGUGGAAUUCAAAAUAUGCUGUACGAUAACUACACCAAAUUCCUUAUUGCAUCAGAAGUCAUAUCUAAGAUAAAAAACGAUUUCGAAAGAAUGGAAAAGGACGUAAAUUCCUUGGAAUCCGAAAUGAAUUCCAUCGGGAAUUUGAGUUCGCGGAUCGUGCAAAGCUUGCAGCCCACUAAAAACAAAAAACUAAGAUUGAUUAAAUCCAAAGAAAGUAAUGAGAGACUUGCCAUACUGGUGGACCUUAUUCCAAACCUGAAGGAAUACAUAGAGCAGGGUGGUUUUGCCGCAGCCGCUAAGCACUAUUUGAAAGCCAAACACUUGCUGGAGCAACACAAAAAUCUGACAUCUCUUAAAGGAAUUAUUAAAGAGAGCUUGGAUAUCGCGUUCUACAUUCAAGAAAAGUUAAGGGAUAAGUUAGAUUGCUGUGUUUAUAGCAAAGAAGAAAUUAUAGAAAUCAUGAACUUGAUAUUAGAUUUGGGGAAAGCAGAAAAUGAAGUUUUGCAGGAUUUCUUAUUUAUUUCGAGGAAUAAUCUCACUUGUGUAAUUCAAAAAAUAAGAACAAACUGUUUUUGUAGUAUCGGUGGAGAUGGUUGUGCGACGAACGCCGAAAUCGACAGAUGUUCUGACUACAGUUGCACUUAUAUCGAUACGUUAUCAAAAAUUGUUGAAAUCGUUCAAGGAGUCUUUUCAGCAAAGCCCACCACACUUCACUGGAGUUCAAUUCUAACGGAUUUCGUGGAGGACAACACUCAACAACUCUUUCUUCUAGCAAGAGCUGCUUUCAAAAACCAAUUCAGCAAUAUGAAUGACGAAUGCCUAGCUAACUGUAUGGACCAUCUUUACCGUAAAAUUUACGAAUGUAACAUUCAUGUGCCGAAAAUUGCAACAUUUGAGAAAAGUGCUGACGUCAUCUUAGAUAUAUGCAUUGACAGAUGUGAUUACCACCUUCACAGAAUGAAGCAAGAUUUCCGGUCAUGUUUGCGCAGCCUGAAAGAAAAACUGAGCAGUGAGCACACAUCCGAUGAUUUGCUCGCUCUGAUGGAUACAACAGUCCGCGAAAUUUUAGCAAACUCUCUGCACUCGCUGUGUUAUUUUAUAAGUCCGGAACAUAAGUUCAGCAGAAAUGUGUAUUUUCGAAAAAAAUUUUGCAAAUCUCUUGCCAGAGAAAGAGUAUUUGUUCCGUUUCUCCUAGACAUGAACGACGACAUUCUAAGAAACAUUUACACAUCGAGAAUGAGCGAUGAUAUUUCUCUGAAGAUGUGUAUGUUGUUUGCAAAAUAUGUGCUACAAUUACAUCAGAAACAAGUACAUAACUUUUUAAACUUCGUGGAUGUACGACUUCACUCCUCUACUGAGAAUAUAACAUUAACAUCGGCGUCCGACAUUGUUAACAAAUAUAAAAAGACUGCAGAGAAAAUAAUCAGUCACUAUAUCGAAGUUAGGCAGAGCCGUAUGUCAAGUAUGUUUAGGCAUAGUAUGGAGAGCAAAAACUGGUCGAUGACAAGAGAGCCUUGGAAAGUGAGUGCGGUUGUUAGAAGAGCCUUGGAAGACUUUUACGCUACGGUCAAAGAAACUGAAACUCUUGUUGAAUUCACAACAUCAGCAGCCUGUGACAGGGGCAGUGAGAGCGGGAAAUCAACAUACCGUAGUUCUUUGUCGCGAACGAGUUCGCCCGUAAGCAGCUCUGCUGACGACAGAAUAAUGAUCCGCAUUCAUAAACUAUUUCCGAAGCCAUCCGCUGUUUCAGAAGCAGCGGAAUUUUCCAACUAUUACAUCUUGCAUUGCAUCAUGAAAAUGACCUUGAAAUCUCUCCUGGAAUAUGCACGCCAAAGAACAUUCAGCCGGUUCGGUCUGCAACAAGUACAAGUUGAUGUUCAAUGUCUAAGGCUACACGUUUCGCAAUACUUGAAGAACGAGCUGGAUAUCGAAACACUCUUUGAUGACAUAAUUUCCAACUGCUACAGCCGGGCCAUUGAUCCAGAAUUCAUGAAUCCUUACGUUGUUUCAUCCUUGUGUCAGGCUUUCUUGAUCUGA